CUUUUGCUCUUCUCUUUCAGAUCAAGAGGACUGGCAUGCCUUGUUUGAUUUGCUCUGGGCUUCCUCGAGGAAGGCUUGCUCUCCUCUCUCUCUCUUUGUCUCGUGUCUUUUGGGUCUCCCAGUUCAGAUGUGCGGCUUGAUCCGUGUCGUGUCGAGGCCCUCCUCCAUCCUCAGCUCUUUGGCUGCCUCUUUCUCCCUCCCUUUGGCUGCCUGUCCUGGCGCCCUUUUGCCACGUAGCAGCUGGAUCGGUGGCCUCCCUCCUCCUUCAUCCUUUGAACUGCCUUGGAAAAGGCUAAUGGUUCUCUGGCUUGCUGUGAGUUUUCCGGGCAGUAUGGUCAUGUUCCAGAAGCAUUCUUUCCUGACGUUUCGCCCACAUCUAUGGCAAGCAUCCUCAGAGGUUGUGAGAGAGAAGAGAAUGACCUAACCUACCUUUCUGCCUUAAAGGGCAAAGGGGUAGGGGGUGGGACAGAAGGGGGGAACAAAAGGUACAAUGCCUGGAGCUUUGAGGCGGCAGCCUACAAAUAAGAACUGUAUGUCACAGUUCACACAUCAUCAUAUUGCUGUGUUCUUGCUCACCUUCUUCAGCUACUCUUUGCUCCAUGCCUCUCGGAAGACAUUCAGCAAUGUCAAAGUCAGCAUCUCCAGCCAGUGGACCCCUUCCUGCCUUAAUGAUUCUGCCCUCAAUCUUGAACCAUAUGAGCUUUGGAACAGCAGUCAUUUAUUUCCAGAUGAAAAAGAAGCCACCCUUUUCCUUGGGACGCUGGAUACCAUCUUCCUCUUCUCUUAUGCUGUGGGUCUUUUUGUCAGUGGUAUUGUUGGGGACCGUCUGAAUAUGCGCUGGGUCUUGUCAUUUGGCAUGUGCUCCUCUGCGGUAGUGGUGUUUGUAUUUGGCACAGUCACAGAAUGGCUGCACUUUUACAACAAGUGGUUCUAUUGCAGCCUGUGGAUUGUGAAUGGCUUGCUACAGUCCACUGGUUGGCCUUGUGUUGUAGCUGUCAUGGGAAACUGGUUUGGAAAAGCUGGGAGAGGGUUUGUAUUUGGUCUCUGGAGUGCUUGUGCCUCGGUGGGCAACAUCAUUGGAGCAUUCCUUGCUUCCUCGGUUUUACAGUAUGGCUACGAGUAUGCUUUUUUGGUGACAGCAUCCGUACAGUUUGCUGGAGGAAUCAUUGUUUUCUUUGGUCUUGUGAUUUCUCCUAGAGAAGUAGACCUCCCUGAUGUUGAUAAAGAGGUUGAUGGCAAAGGUGAAGAAGAUGCCAGGGAGCCAUUGAUUGGUGGCAACGAUAACGAAAAUGAGGAUGAUGAUGAUCCCAAUUAUUCCAUUCAGGCUGCUGAUUUGAGUAGCAGCAGUCGCAACGUCAACAAUGAACUCCAGCCUCAGGCUAUUGGAUUUUUUCAGGCGUGUUGCCUACCUGGUGUUAUGUUGUAUUCUCUAGCAUAUGCUUGCUUGAAGCUCGUGAACUACUCUUUCUUCUUCUGGCUGCCUUUUUACCUCAGCAGCAAAUUUAAAUGGAAGGAGGCGGAAGCUGAUCAGCUCUCCAUUUGGUAUGACGUCGGCGGGAUAAUAGGUGGCACCAUCCAAGGCUUAAUUUCUGACAUGCUGCAGAAGAGAGCACCAGUGUUAGCCUGCAGCCUGAUCUUGGCUGUUGCUUGUCUGUUUGGAUACAGCCGUUCUCCAGACAGCAAGCCUAUCAAUGCAUUUCUUAUGGCACUUACAGGGUGUUUCAUUGGUGGCCCUUCCAACAUGAUCAGCUCUGCCAUUUCUGCCGACUUGGGGCGCCAGGAAAUGGUGAAGGGAAGCAGCGAAGCUCUGGCCACCGUGACGGGGAUUGUGGAUGGCACUGGGAGUAUCGGAGCAGCUCUGGGCCAGUAUCUUGUCUCUUUAAUCCAAGAGAAUUUGGGAUGGAUGUGGGAUUUCUAUUUCUUCAUCCUUAUGAUCAGUUUGACCGUGGUGUUCAUCACUCCUUUGCUUGUGAAGGAAGUCAGUAUGCUCCUGGAGGCAAGGCGCUUGCGUAGGCUGACCGGCUGACCAACUAACCUCUUCCUCCCCAUCCUCUCUGGACCAUUAGAAGGGACAUCUCAAGUAAGAUCACUGAGAGGAGAGGGAUUUUGGUGCUUCACCUUUACGUCCUUAUUUAUAUCUACUAAGGUUGGAGGCAGGGUUAAACAAGGCCAGAAAAGGAUCCCUUGCCAAGAUCUUUUGCAUCUGAAUCCCAUCUGAAGAGACGCUACAUCCUUCUGCAACAUACGACUUUCUGAAUGCGGAGGAAAGAGGGCCUUCCUUCCUUUGAAAAAUUGCCUCUUAUUCUCAGGGCCAGUUAAUGCAGUCAUGACCAUCAAGUCUUUCAAGCCUGGGCUGCAGCUUUUCAAACUUCAGUUCUGAGACUUACCUUGAAAUUCUCCCCUGCAAAAGAAAAUGGAAAGAAAAGGAUCAUGCCCAGGAUUUUCUUAUUGCCUCUUAUGGAGAAAAUGCUAUCUGUGGAUCCUGGGGUGGUAGGUGAGGUGGUUGGCUAUUGAGUUGUCCAGCUGCUGCCUACAGCAGAAUUGCCCAAGAAAACCUUGACCACUUCUUGCUGUUGACUUCAUUUAAACUGUCCCUCUUGUAUUCUUUGUACCGUUAUCUUCUCAGAUCUUUAUGUUGUGUCUGGUUGCUUGACAGUUGCCAGAUAGAAAAACUGACAGCCUGCUUUGUGUCUCAUGUUAGCAAAAAGUAGGAAAGACUUUGUGUUGUUGGUUUGAAAACGCUACUUCAGAUUGGCCUUGGGUCAGUCCAGCACAGGCUUUUAUAAAUUGAUGGUGCCAAAGGCUUGCUUUCCUGGUUACUUACCUGGCUCUGUAUUUACACAUUACAUAGCAGGAAACCUUGGAAGCAAGCCAGAGCUUUCAUAUGCUCAUCUAGAAAGAAUAGCUGUAGCAGAGCUUUUUUAUUUGAUUUCCAAAUAUUUGUCCUGUCUAUAUAUUGUUACCCAUGUUAAUUUAACUUUACAAGGUCCAGCAGUGCAAUUGCAUUCCAUACUUGAUUUAUUAUUUUCUUAACUGCCUAAUGUGUGGGAAAAUAAGCCUGCAUUUGUAGAAAUGCACGGAGCCAACAUUGUUCAGCUCAAGUUUUUACCAGAGUCCUUAAAAUUACGGUAAAUACUUGUGUCAUGGUUUUAAAGGGAUUUUAGGAGUGGAUUGGGAAGUAAGGAGGUAACUAUCUGUAGUCAUCUCUGUUUGACCAGCUGUGAUAGCUUACUCUCUGAUGUCUUAGAUGGGUAGGGAUUUCCAAAUUUGUUGCCAGGAAGUCAUCCAAGUCCCACCAUGUCUUCCAUUUUUUUCUUGAUAUGUAACCUAUAGUCCAUGUGCUAUUGGAAUAAUAGUAGGAAAAGUGCUCAAUUUGAUGAUGUUUAGAUGUGGGCAAAUUGUAACUAAAAGGUUUUAUGGAAGAGGAAAACAUUACUGUAGGACUGCUGUUUGCUUUUUGCUUACUGACUAGGCUUGACAUAUACAUACAUAUACACAAUAGGAGUAGCAAUCCAUUAGGCUGAACUGGAUAGCAUCUUUCUUCAAAUCUGGUGUCUUGGAUUUUGUGGCCAUACCUUUCCUCCUUGUCCACCUGGAAUGCCUAAUCAGUUUCAGAGAUUGUGGACAUUUGGAUAUAUUCUCCUUUUAUCUCCUGUAUAUUCUCCUUUUAUCUCAUUAUCUCGCUUUCACUCUGUCUCACACACACAAAGGGUCUGUCAAACUAUUAGUUUCGCAACACAAAAAAGUUAUUGAUAUAAUUCUUCCAGAAUUCUCUCACCAGCAUGGCCAGUGGUCACUCUGACUGUGAGUUGUUGAAUUGCAGUUCCAAAUCCCUUUUCUAAUCUGUAGUCAGUUCUCAGAUUCUGUAAAUGUAGACAAGCCUGGAUAGGCUUGUCUACAUUUAUAGAGUUUUAGAUGCAUAGUAUUCUUUAUUGCCCCCAUGUGGGAUUUAGUAUGAAUUGAAGCCAAGGUAUGCCAUUACUAUCCAUAUAUAAAGGGAAAGAUUUGUCAGUACUUUGUCUUUUUUUGAGUUAGGCACACAGAACACACUUUUCAAGAUGUAGAGAUUUCCAUUCCUUGGACCUUGACAUGUAACACUAAUCUCUGGAGUCUUCAGGGUGGCUAUCAAAUCCCUAACCCUUUCCCAAAAGCCAUAGGCUGUAACUGUAAGAUGUCUUCUUGGCAAUGAAUUUUCAGCCUACUUUGUUCUUGUAGCUGAGAGUUGAUUAAUUAGCUGUGAAUUUGACAUUGAAGGAAAGGUGUCAUUUUUUUUCUUUUCCAAAACUGCCUUUAUGAAUGCUUAAUGUACAGUGAUAGCUUUUUGAACAUUUCUAUUUAUGAACGUAAAUGUUUAAUCAUGUUUUGGCUGCUGUGAUUGAAGUGUUCUUGGUAAUUCAAGGGUCUCUUACUGAAAUUAUGUUGCAUUCUUCCUGCAGAGCUGUUAAUCAAUUACGAACAGAGGGAGAACAGAGAUAAACUCCUGGGAGUUUAAAAAAAAUCUUUUUGAGAGGAUUUUUUUUGGGAAUAUAAUCCACUUUAUGUCCUUUGUGUCCUUGUCCCUUUCCCACUGAGUUUAAACAUUGACCAUUAAGCUCUUCGUCUUUAUACCUUUCUUUUUGCCACUGAAGAUAUUUCUUGAAAGAUACUUAAAUGGUCUGGUUUCAUCAUGAAAUCAGUAUGCUUUGAAUUCUAUGCCUUUCCUAGAUAAUGAUGCUUUCUCCAGUCUUAGGGUGUUUGCACACAAUCACUUUCUGUCUUUUUGUUACUAUUGAUAGGGGAGAUCCACAAAUACUGGAUAUUUCAAAUGGGUCUGAUAAGUAUUCAGUCCCUUGAUAGCUGCACAGUGACCUUGUGCUUCGGUGUCAGUGUUUGAGAUACUAUGGAUUUUUUGGUUGACCCGGAAGACGUUUCAAAACUGCCUUCUCCAACCUUUUGGCCCAUAAAGUAUAUAGGAAUGCAACAUAUAUUAUCCCCAGCUGACAAGGCUACUGGUAGUCUUUGCAGCCAAAGAUAUCAAGAAGGCAUUGGUUAGGAAAGACUGUGAGAGCAGUGAUUUUGACAGCUGGGUUGAAUUGGAAAACUUUUGUUUCUAGGGCAGAGAAUGUGGAUUCAGUCCGUUUCUGUAAUGCUGGGAAUGUCUGCCAGCCUUCAGCCCAGGUUUGCUGCAAGCAUUAAUACAAAUCAUCCACCUCAACACUGUAUUUGACUGCUUGCAAUUUUUUUCUUUCAAAGCCUGCCACAAACCAUUCUAGAUUAAACAACUACAUUUGAUGAAUGACAACCAAUUGCAUCUCCGCCCCCCCCCCCCAGCUCUAUCAGCUCCCAGCCAAUUUAGAUCCUUCUGCUCUGUCUAUGUUGGGAAAAUGUUGAAUCGGUUUGACAUUAAUAAAUUAUUAUUUUUGCAAAUUGUAAAA